AGAUUUGCUGUAGUUUCUUAUACAUUUUACGCAUACAUAGAAUCAAAUAUAUAUCCCUGUUUUAUGUUUCUUUCGUUGCUGCCGUAUAGUUUGUUUUUUUUAACAAGAAAAACAAACUAUGACUACCAAUCCACCAAGAGCUUAUACCGUGGUGUCCAUGAACGCAUCAUCUCGUGUGUGUACAACUACUAAUCGUACUAUUUAGAAACCUACUUAACUACAACAUUGGAAUUUGUUCAGUUUAUCGUUUAGGUUUUCAUUUAUACCCCCUUCUGAUAAAUGUCCAUUUGAAUUCAACAGAAAACACCGUAACACAGCCGCAGGUGUGAAGUCCCGAAGUUCAGCUGUGGCUACAUGCUAACAACAGACAGUCACAUCGAACAUUCUGCCAAGAUGAGCCAGCAAGAGGUUUUGGCAGAAUUGAAGAAGGACAUUCGCUCAUUGCUCACUUCAUCCAAGAUAGGUCUGGAUCCUGAGCAGCUCAGACGAGACUAUGUUGAACUGUUAGGGCGUCCUUUACCCCUGAAACCGCUGGGUUUCAGGAACAUAAUGGACAUGGUAAAGGAGAUGCCCGACACGGUAUCUGUCGACCAUAGAGCAGACGGUUCUACUUAUUUAAAGGCUGUUGGCAACGAUGCCACGAAGAAAAUUCAAGAGCUAGUAGUCAACCAGCGAACAUGUAAGGCUGACAAGAAAAUCAGGAGCAGCAGUGCCAGAUACACCUCAACUCGCCUUCAACACACCCACCCCUUUGUGGUUCUACCCAGAAAAGGUCAUGUUCCUCCACCUGUACCUGCUCAACUCAGAACACAGCUGCGCAUCCUCCUCUCACAAGGUCCCCUCAGGUUAUCUGAUCUGGAGUCCUGCUACUUGCGUUGUUUUGGUCAACCUCUGCGAGUGCACAGCUAUGGGUUCUAUUCCACUGGAGAGAUGCUGGGGGCAGCACCAGACUUGGUCAUGAUCCAGCAGAGCAGGGUGGGCUCAGUUGUAGUUUUGAGGGACUGCAUGCUGCCCAGGUCACUGCAGAUCUGGUCUAAGUCAACAGUAAAGAAACCUCAAACACUCAGGACUGACAAGCCAACAGUCAAAGGUCAGCCAGCCAGCUCUCAAUCGACUACAGCCCCAGAUCCUCAGAGUCCAGUGAUCCAGGAACCUGCUGAAAACAAGAAGGAACCCAAGGAGUCAGUAACUGAAAGUAACAGAACAAAUUGUGCUGACAAGAACCAGGAACAUGAAACACGGCCCAAACAGGAAGAUCAUCACCCACAGCAGUGUUUACAGAAGUUGGAAGAGGAGCUUCAUCAGUGUAUUUUGGAGGCUGGAGUUGUGAGCUCCAUCAGUGAGGAGCUAAAAGACAAACUACAAAAGGUUGUAGGCCGGACCAGUGCUGGUCUAUCAGUUCAUGCUCUGCCUGCUGAGUAUAAGAAGCUUUUUGGAGAGGAGCUGCCUCUACAACAGAGCGGUUUCUUUAGCGUCACUGAGCUGCUCAGUGCCAUGAGCAACAUCUUCCACCUUAAACCCGCAGAGGGCGACAGAGGACAAGAUUUGAGAGUCACGUUAAUACAAGGCAGUCACGCUACACUGCAAGGUGUGAAUGAAAACUCAAUAAAAAUUAAAAAUGGCAGUGAUGUAAAGCAACCACAUAUGAAAAGUCACUUCAACUCUAAAAUAUCUCCUUGGGAGAGCAAACUGCAAGUGGACAAUGAAAAUAUUAUGGAAACUAUAACUGAGGACCUGGAGAUCAGGAAAGAUCCCAAGAUACAGAAAGUUGUACCUGGUGUCUACACUGACAUCCAGGUCCAUAACAGUCCCACUGUGCCACUGGAUGCCAUGCAGAGUCAAUAUCUCCAACCACCAACACGCCACGAUGCUCGAGAGCUUGUUCAAGUCCUGGUGGAACAUGUGGAGUCACCUGGAAAAUUCUACAUUCGCUUUUGCAAUACUGAAGAAGCGCAGGCCAUGGAGGAGAUGAUGAUUGACAUGAGGAGAUUUUACUCUUGCUCUGAUGUAGCUCAGCGCUACCACCUUCCUAAACGGUUCAUCAGACAAGGUCAGGUCUGCUGUGUGUCACCUGUGGAUUUGUGGUUUUACCGAGUGGUGAUUCACAAAACCAUAAGCCCCACUGAGGUCCAAGUGUACUUUGUUGACUACGGAGAUACCACUGUCGUACUGAGCCACCAACUGAUGUUCCUGAAGUUUUGUUAUUCUGUUAUUCCAGCACAAGCUGUACCCUCAUCACUUGCUGCAGUUAAACCAAGUACUGGCAGCUGGACUGACAAGGCUACAUCAUCUUUCCACAAGCUGUGCUGUGAUCGUCCUCUAGUGGGCGCUCUCGAUUGCUACACAGGAGACGUGUUGCAGCUCUUUUUGUGUGACACGCACACAGCGGAGGACGUUUAUGUCCACACAGCUCUGAUACUCCAAGGACACGCAACACCCUGUAGCUGUGCCGAGAGUGAAGCACUCUGCGUGCAGUUCAGUCCAGUGAGCCUGUACCUGGGGAAGGGAACGUUUCACCUGCCAGAGUUAGCAGAAGAACUAACGUCCACUGAGCAGAAACGCACUCAGCAACACUCAUCCUCAGCCAAACUAAAGGGAAAAGAAGAAGAGAUUCCUGCACCGGAGUUCAUAAAGAACUGGGAGGACCAAGCACUCAGCUGUGAUGAACAAGGCCAGGCCUCGGAGACCAAAGGUCCUUCUACCGUCCCAACAAGUCCUACAGAGUCCAGCCCUUCAACAAUCCCAGAUCUGGUUCAGCCUGAGGCAGCGCCAACAGAGACAUUGAGAAAGGUGCCUCAAGUGAUCCAACACAGCAGUAUUUCCAGCUCCUGCAGUCGAACGCAGAAAAAGGAGCAUUAUCAUCCAAAAGGUGGCGCUCCUCUGUUGGUGAAACCACAACCAAUCCUGAUGCCUGUGAACAGUAACACAUCUUACCUGGGGCACUUACAGGACAGCAGACGGGGUGCUGCUUUGUCUUUGUUACAACUCAGAAACUCCAGCAUCCUGUUCCCUUUGUUUGGGCCCAGGUAGGUGGAGCCUCCACUAAAAGCUAAUGGACAAACACAAAGAUAUUCAUUUAUAUUGUUCAAUUAUGUUACGUCAAUUUUAUGGAGUCGUUUUGGACCUGGGAGUCUUACCGACUUGUAAAGAACGUUUAUUUCACGGGAGCAUUAGGACCUUAAUCUAUGUUGAAAUGUUUUAAUUUGAUAUCAGAGUCACUUUAUUUUACUGUUGUUCUGUUAAAGAUUCCUAUUAUGGAUAAAGACGGUUUUAGUUUAAUUUUAUUUUAUUUUAUUGCAGCAAAUCUUUGAUUGAGAACAAAUGCAAAAAAAAAGGAAAAACACAAUUUUGAAUAUUGUUCUUGUUUAAUGGAAGUAUUUCUUUGUCAGUCAAAUAAAAUAAAAUCUUAUUUGCUAGAAAAUGCCAGUAAUUUAAGUGAUGUGAUUUAUAGGAACAGGGUGAAGUAUUAAUUACUUCUCCGCAGGUUUCUCUGCUUCAUUGGUCAAACGUCUGGUGUGAUUAUCAACGAGACCUUCAUCCUAUUAAUGAUCUGUUUUUGUAUUAGACUCUACCCUCAGUUAUUUUUAAUGUUAAAAUACAAUCAUUUUUGGUGAGAAAAAUUCUCAACCCACAGACUUAUAAAGAUCUAAAGUCCUGGAUCAUUAGGCUGGAACUUUUAAUGUUCCCUGACCUUUCCAGGCCGGAGUAAAUAACUUUGUAGAAAGUAAAAAUCCAAUGAAAUUCUUAGUGCAUAAGUCUUAGGCUGCACCAGCUUCUUUUUUCUUUUACCUCGAAGAAAACAAUUACAUUCUGAGUUUAUAUUCUGAGUUUUGUCUGUAGUUUAUUUCC